AUGGUACCUAUCAACUCCGACGGUCUGACCGUCACCCAUGAUUCGGGCCGAACAGGCUCGCCCGAUCUCCGUCUGAUCCACUUCAACGACGUGUAUCAUAUUGAGUCAGGGUCCGCUGAACCAGUGGGCGGUGCCCCCCGCUUUCAGUCUCUCGUGAAUCACUACCGCGAUGACUCGCAAUACGUGAACCAGCCUGGUGUCCUUACCUUUUUCUCGGGUGAUGCCUUUAAUCCCAGUCUCGAGAGUACUGUCACGAAGGGUCGUCACAUGGUUCCCUUCCUGAAUAAAAUCGGUAUCGACGUCGCGUGUGUGGGAAAUCAUGACCUGGAUUUUGGCGUGGCCCAAUUCCGUCAUCUGUCAAGUCAGUGUCAUUUCCCGUGGCUGUUGGCCAAUGUCCUCGAUCCGGCUCUUGGAGAGGAUGUGCCGAUCGCGAAUUGUGGUAAAACACAUAUGCUCACUUCCUCCAACGGGAUCAAGGUGGGCGUCAUCGGGCUAGGAGAACGAGAGUGGCUCGGUACAAUCAACUCUCUUCCACCGGACCUGAUCUACAAAUCAGCCUCCGCCACCGCCAAGGAGCUAGCACCCAGGCUACGAGAUCAGGGGGCGGAACUAGUCAUUGCUGUUACACAUCAGCGUGAGCCAAAUGAUGUCAAAUUGGCCAAUAGCUUGCCCUCGGGCCUGGUGGACAUUGUCAUGGGAGGUCAUGAUCACUUCUAUGCUCAUUCCAUUGUCAACGGAGUUCAUGUGCUGCGGUCCGGAACCGAUUUCAAGCAAUUAAGCUACAUUGAAGCCUUCCGCAAACCUGGCGCCGAGGAAGGCUGGAAUUUCAAUAUUGUGCGGCGAGAUGUGCUUCGCUCCAUUCCUGAAGACCCCGACACUGUCGCGAUGGUAGACAGGUUGACGUCGAGUCUCAAGGCCAAGUUGGAAAAGCCCGUAGGGUACACAGCUAGCCCACUUGACAGUCGAUUCACGACUGUUCGUCAGCGUGAGUCGAAUCUAGGUAACUUUGUGUGCGAUCUUAUGCGACACUAUUACUCCGCCGACUGUGCCAUGAUGGCGGGAGGCACGAUUCGCGGCGAUCAAAUCUAUCCUCCUGGUGUUUUACGGCUAAAGGACCUACUGAAUUGCUUCCCUUUCGAGGACCCUGUGGUGCUGAUUCGGGUCAGUGGACAGGCCUUACUUGACGCGCUGGAGAACGGCGUCAGUCAACUUCCGGCUCUUGAGGGGCGUUUUACGCAGGUUUCCAACAUCGCAUUCGGCUUCAAACUGAAUAGUCCCUCUGGUUCACGUCUGACAUUUGCUCGUGUGGGAGGGCAGCCCAUUGAUCCUGAAAGAUGUUACACUGUUGCCACUCGUGGAUACAUGGCCCGAGGCAAGGACGGUUUCAGUUCGCUCCUUGUCGAGUCCGAGGGGGAGAUCGAGGAGAACGGAGUACUUAUCAGCACAAUUCUGCGCCAGUACUUCCUGAGCCUCAAGGUUCUGGGCAAAUGGCGCCGUUGGAGCCCAAGUCUUCGACGACAUUGGGGAGUAGUGCAUCGAGGGUUACAUAGUGGCGGUCGUCUCAAGCCACCCUCAGCCCUAUCAUCACCGGUAGCAGAGAAAGCACCAGCUCGUCGCCUCGAGUCACGACCAGGAUUUCAACGGACUGGGCGCGAAGCUUACUAUUACGGAAGAUUUCCCGAAGAAGUCAAGCCAGAAAACGUUGCCACUAACGAAGCCAACAGCGACGCCAUGGACUCGGACUCUGAUGAUGACCCGGAAAUUCUCACUUCGCCUCGGCCUACGAGCAACUACGUCACUUCCCCUGCAAAAUCCUCUGCAGACGAAGAACGUCGUCUGAAGCUCGCACGCCGCGUUGUCAGAAAAUGGAUGCGACAUGCCGGACUGGAAUCGUCCUUCCUUGACCCAAUGGACGGAGAACGCGAGUUCAUUCCCCCUUGGACAUCGGGCAUUGCGCCUCGAAUUGAGGGGCGAAUUGUGAUUGAGAAGGAUUAG